AUGUACAAUGGCAGAACGGACCUAGUGGAGCACGUUAGCCAGUUUAACCAGAGGAUAGUCAUUCAUUCCAAGAAUGAGGCCAUGAUGUGCAAAGUGUUCCCAUUUAGUCUGGGGCCUGUGAUGAUGAGGUGGUUCGAUGGUUUGAGAGAGGGCUCUAUUAGCUCAUUUAAGGAGCUCACCAGGGCAUUUGAGUCUCGGUUUGUGACUUGCAAUAGAGUUCCUCGGCCUUUAGAUUCCUUAUUGUCUAUGGCCAUGCGAGAAAGGGAGACCUUGAAAAUGUACUUAGACAGGUACUGGGAGAUGUUUAAUGAGAUCGAUAGGGACUUUGAUGAUGUGGCCAUAAGGACUUUCAAGGUUGGCCUACCUACUGAACAUGAUUUGAGAAAGUCGUUAACCAAGAAGCCUGUAAGGAAUGUGCGUCGGCUCAUAGACCGCAUAGAUGAGUAUAAGCGGGUUGAGGAGGGCCAGCAGUAA